AUGGAUUUACUUGAAGUGUUAGCAAUAUUUCUUUCCCAUGAAAAUGAGAUGUGCCAUGCUUUGCAGGCUUUGGAGAAUUGUUUGCAGGAGCAGACACGGCUCAGAGCUCAGGUGCACCUGCUGGAGACCCGGGUCAAACAGCAACAGAUCAAGAUGACUCAGCUUUUGCAUGAAAAGGAAAUCCAGUUCCUGGACAAGGUUGAGGAGAUCAGUGUCAUUGACCUUGGGGGCAAGAGGCAGUAUGCAGACUGUUCUGAGAUUUUCAAUGAUGGAUUUCAGCGAAGUGGAUUUUAUAAAAUCAAACCCCUUCAGAGCCCAGCAGAAUUCUCUGUUUACUGCGACAUGUCUGAUGGAGGAGGGUGGACUGUGAUUCAAAGACGAUCUGAUGGUAGUGAGAACUUUAACAGGGGUUGGAAUGACUACGAAAAUGGCUUUGGAAAUUUUGUCCAAAAAAACGGUGAAUAUUGGCUGGGUAAUAAGAAUAUUCAUUUGUUGACUGUACAAGGAGACUACACUUUAAAAAUUGACCUUGCAGAUUUUGAAAGAAAUAGCCGUUUUGCACAAUAUGACAAUUUCAAAGUUGGUGAUGAAGAGUCUUUGUAUGAGUUGAAUAUCGGGGAAUAUUCUGGAACAGCUGGAGACUCCCUCUCAGGAAAAUUUCACCCUGAGGUACAGUGGUGGGCUAGUCACCAAAAAAUGAAGUUCAGCACAUGGGACAGAGAUAAUGACAACUACAAAGGAAACUGUGCAUGGGAAGAUCACUCUGGCUGGUGGUUUAACAGGUGUCACUCUGCAAACCUAAAUGGCAUAUACUAUAGGGGCCCCUACACAGCCAAAACGGACAAUGGAGUGAUCUGGUACACCUGGCAUGGGUGGUGGUAUUCUCUGAAAUCUGUGGUUAUGAAAAUUAGGCCAAAUGAUUUUAUUCCAAAUGUUGUAUAA